CGGAGGCUUGGCUGGAAGAUACUGAAGCCGCUGCAGACGCUGAAGGCCCGGAACUAAGGGGAGGCGCGGAGUGAGAGAGAGAAACACCUCAGGUUGGAGCCAUUUUCCCGGGGCUGCGGAGCGGGAUUUAUUGGGAAGAGGUGAUGGAGUUGAUAGCAGUCUUAGAACCGGAGGAAUGUCCCCAGAAAGCAAUAUGGUACACUCUUGUACCGAAAGGAGAGAACCCAGGAGUUCGAGUUGGACAUACUCUCACAGUCGCUCUGCACAGUUCUGGGAAAGGGAAGGUCAUUAUAGUGGGAGGUGCAAACCCUAAUGGCAGCUUCUCUGAUGCCCACAUCUUGGAGCUGGACACGCUUGAGUGGAACAUCCCAGAAUGGGAGGGGCUGUUGCCACGUUACGAGCAUUGCACCUUUAUUCCCGCAAACAGAUCUGACAAUCUGUGGCUGUUUGGUGGCGCAGAUCAAUGUGGAAACAGGAACUGCGUUCAAGUUUUGAACUUUGAGACGGGAGCUUGGAGAAGCCCGGCAGUGAGUGGGACUCCCCCAACUCCACGGACAUUUCACAGCUCCACUGCAGCUAUCGGAGACUGCCUGUAUGUUUUUGGUGGGGGAGACAAAGGAGCAGAGCCUGUACAAGACACCCAACUGCAUGUAUUUGAUACAACCUCACUCAGUUGGUCUCAGCCAUCAACAGAAGGAAAGAGCCCAACUCCACGGCAUGGUCAUGUGAUGGUGGCUGUUGGUAGCAAGUUAUUUGUCCAUGGAGGAUUAGCGGGGGUCAAGUUUCUCAAUGACAUGUACAGUCUCAACACAGUUACCAUGAAAUGGGAAAAGCUGAAAGUGAAGGGAGAUGUCCCAGCUGGGUGUGCUGCUCAUUCGUCUGUUUCCUUGGGAAAGUACAUUUACAUCUUUGGCGGAAUGGACACUACAGGAGCACUGAACAGCAUGUACAAGUACCACAUCGAAAGACGUUGCUGGAUGCUAUUAAAGUUUGACUCCAGCCUGCCUCCCAGGAGCCUGGAUCAUGCCAUGUGUGUCUUACCCUGGAAAGUCAGGACAGAAGCAGCAAGCAGGCCUUGUGAAACAAUCAAAAAUGACAAAGAUACUGCGAAGGGAGAAGUGGCUGAGGAAUCUUUGAGGCCUGAUCAGCACUGCAAGAGUGAAAGAGAUACCCCGACAACUGUCCAUGUCUGCUUGAUAUUUGGAGGGAUGGACACUGGAGGGGAAAUCUACAAUGACUGCUAUGUUACCCUGCUUGAUGAUCAGUGAUACAUUAGAUCCUGAUAUAUGUAGCACGGUGAGUUGGGUGUUUAAAAGUCAGGCUCUGGUUAUAAAAACAACCACUAGUUUUGAGUUGUCAAGUCACCUCUGAUGUCACUUCCAGCAGCUGGUCAGCAGUGACUGCUCUCUGGUGUUUCCUGCAACUGCAAGGGAGGCUGCUGAUCCUGGCAUGUCUUCUAUAAUAUAUUAAAAAAUCCUUGCAUUUAAUAUAGCGCUUUAUCAUAUCUUCAAGACAUCUCAAAGCACUUCACAGAAUACUGUGAAUCAACUGCACUUUGUGUGAGAAACCAGCAGCCAAUUGCACACAGCCAGUUGUGGAUUGAGUGACUUUUUUUUUAAAAGGUAUUUAUUACCCCUGGAAAAGUGAUCCACCAAUCAACUAACUGGGUUUCUACUUACUGCCCGCUAAACAAAGGUAUGUGGCAUAAGGAAUCUUGCCCAACGUUUCACCUAGGUUCUCUCACUUGAGACAAAUGCUCUAACCACUAAGCUACAGGACUCCAAUGUUCUGAGCAAGUGCAGCAUAUUAAGGGAAGCAAGCCAAUUGAGGCCAGCACUAUAAAUGAAUCAUUGCUAUACCGAAGCCUGUUAUAAUGGGGUCCAAUUGUAACUACUCACCCAAGACGUCCUAUAAAACAGUGCAUUUGUUUUCCAUCGUCUGUCUAGCUUUAAGAUAUUUUAAACCAUCAUGGUCAGAAAAUGGCUGCAUUUAAAAGUUUACAUGUGGACAAAAGGGCAGCGAUGUCCAGCUCAUUAAAACAUUGUUUUUCAUUGUU